GCGCCAGCCAGUAGAAGGGAGGUCAGCGCUCGCUCCGUGUUGAUUGCUGCUCAAGCGCUCCGCGCACGCGCACCUCGGCCACAGCGCCAACGCCGCGCCGUGACAAACUAUUUUCCCGACAAAAAUGUUGGCUUUUAUUUCGUAUUGAUAUUGCGUAAACGACAUAACGCGGACUAAUAGAUUUAUUGAUUCGAUCAUUUCGCUCUAUUUAUUUUUCGAUUGAUUAUUAAUAUAAUAAAUAUACAAAAUGGUCAGUAGCAACAAAGACGCAAACGAUCCCAAGAAAGUGCCGCCAAAGAAUCGUGAAAAGAAAAGCAAUAACUAUGUACGGGCAAACUUCUUAUCCCGAGCGUGGUUCGUGUGGAUGAUGCCGACCUUCUGGAGGGGCUACAAGCGGGACCUGUACGACGCCGACUUGACCAAGCCCAAAGACAACCACCUCUCCGACAAGCUGGGCGACCGCCUGGAGAAGAAAUGGCUAGAGGAGAUUGCAUUAGCCAGCAAACAUGGACGAAAACCGUCGCUCCUGCGUGCUAUGACCAAGACGUUUUGGAUGAGUUUUGCCCCUUCCGGAGUCAUGUUCCUUAUACAGGCCCUCCUGCUAAAACCCUUCCAACCCGUGGCGCUGUCGAUGCUGCUGGCAUACUGGGAGCCGGGCACGGACAUGUCGUACGAGCAGGCCGUGUACUGCGCCACCGCCGUCAUCCUCAUGUCGCUGCUCAUCGCCUUCCUCAACCACCACGGCGCCUAUUCCACCCAGCAGUUCGGCAUGAAAGUGCGCAUCGCCGCUUGCUCACUCAUUUACAGAAAGGUGAUGCGCAUGAGCUCAGGUGCGCUGGCGCAGACGACGGCCGGGCAGGUGGUCAACCUGCUCUCCAACGACGUCAACCGCUUCGACUACGCGUUCAUCUACUCGCACUUCAUCUGGCUGCUGCCGCUGCAGGUUGUGCUCGUCUGCUACCUCAUCUACAUCAGGAUCGGGUACGCCGCCAUCGUCGGAGUCAUCGGUAUCGUGCUGCAAACCAUACCAGUGCAAUCUUAUAUGAGCAAAUUGGCUGCUAGGUUACGAAUGAAGACGGCACACAGAACCGAUGAGCGUGUCCGAAUUAUGGAUGAAAUUAUUAACGGCAUGCAGGUGAUAAAAAUGUACGCAUGGGAAAAACCGUUCGAGCAAGUGGUGGCGCUAGCCCGUCGCAACGAGAUCAAGUGCAUCACUCAGGCAUCGUACCUCCGCGGCGUGUACCUCAGCUUCAUGGUGUUCACGGAGCGCCUCACGCUCUACAUCACCCUACUCUCUUACUCGCUUUUCGGCUUCCAAGUCACGGCGGAUAUCGUUUUCCCGUUGGCACAAAUGUUCAACACGCUCCAAGCGACAUUUGCCAUUACGAUGCCGAACUCUCUUGCUCAGUCAAUGGAAGCGUAUGCCUCAAUUCUACGCAUACAAGCUAUUUUACUAAUGGAUGAACGCGAAGAUCUCCGUAGUGUGCCUGACGUAGAUAUAGCCAAACUUGUACAGAGCGUGGAGAGAAAGAGAAACAAUCUAAGCGAAGUGGAUCUACGACCCAACACUUUCAAAAGGAUAGACGAAGAGGGAAUCUUUAAUCCAGGAUUCGUGUGCAACGAGAAGAACCUGAUGAGCGCGGUGCCGGCGGCCCCGGUGAGCCCUGAUGUUGGCGUCCUGAUCCAGGACGUGUGCGCCAACUGGAUCGAGGACGGGCCAGUCACGCUGCGCGGACUUAACUUCACAAUACCUAAGGGGAAACUUUGUGCCAUCAUUGGAUCCGUCGGCUCAGGGAAGAGUUCCGUGUUGCAAUUGCUGCUGAACGAGCUCCGGUCGACGAGCGGCCGCGUCCACCUGUCCGGGCCGCUUUCGUACGCGAGCCAGGAGCCGUGGCUGUUCGUGGCCACUGUCCGACAGAACAUCCUCUUUGGACUGCCUUAUAAUUCCAAAAAAUAUAAAGAAGUGGUGAGAGUAUGCGCUCUGCAAAAAGAUUUUCAACAAUUCCCUCAUGGAGACCAAACAUUGGUCGGCGAAAGAGGCGCUUCACUUUCUGGCGGACAGCGGGCGCGAAUUAACCUCGCUAGAGCAGUUUAUAGACAGGCGGACAUCUACCUGCUGGACGACCCGCUGUCGGCGGUGGACGCGCACGUGGGCCGGCAGCUGUUCGACGAGUGCAUCUGCGGCUACUUGCGGCACGCCACGCGCGUGCUCGUCACGCACCAGCUGCACUACCUCAAGGAUGCUGAUUACAUCAUUAUUAUGAGCAAUGGUGCCGUAGAAGCAAAAGGAACUUACGCGGAACUUAUAAAUUACGGAAAGGACUUCGCCAAACUUUUGAGUGCUACUCAAGAAGACGAUGAAAAAGUUGAAGAGAAGCCAAAACCGAUGUCAAGACGAACAUCGGCCAGAUUGUCGACAGCACGCCGUCCAUCAUUGGCGGAGUCCACCGGAGGCGAAGUGCCGGCUCAGGAGAUGGAGGAGGAGGAGCGAGAGUCGGGCUCGAUGGGCUGGCACGUGUACGGCGCCUACCUGAGCGCCGGCGGCCGUGCGCCGCGCAUACUGUUCAUGAUUGUGCUGCUGAUCGUCGGGCAGCUCGCGGCCACACUCUGCGACUACUGGGUCACCUUCUGGACUAAUGAAGUUACAUUAAAAAAAGAAAGGCAAUCCAACAGCACUAUUAAGGAAUAUGAUCGCAAUUUGGAAGCGCCGGCCAACACAUCGUUCUCUUUAACCAGCUACUUUUCUGGCAUUGAGCUACAGUCAGAUUUAGACAUCCACGCGUACAUCGGGCCGCUAGACACUGCACAGUACUUGUACGUGUAUUCGGCUUUAAUCGUGUGCUGCAUCUUCUUCAUCACCGCGCGCGCUUUCAUGUUCUUCAAGGUGUGCAUGACGGCCUCCCGCAACCUGCACAAUGACAUGUUCCACUCCAUGCUGCGUGGCGUUAUGCGCUUCUUCGAUACCAACUCGUCAGGUCGCAUUUUGAACAGAUUUUCGAAAGACAUCGGUUCCUUAGAUGAACUGCUGCCUCGGUUUCUAUUGGAAUGUAUUCAGAUCUACUUGGUGAUGUUCAGUAUCCUGGCUCUGAAUGCGGCGGCGCUCGUUUGGACUCUACUACCAACUACAAUUAUUUUGCUCCUGUUUUACGUUAUUCUUCAGAUUUAUCUGAAGUCUGCGCAGUCCAUUAAACGGCUAGAAGGAACUACGCGCAGUCCCGUGUUUUCACAUAUGGCUGCCACAUUGAACGGCAUCAGCACUAUACGUUCAGCAGGUGCACAGGAACGGCUGAUAAAAGAAUUCGAUCGGUUCCAGGACAUUCACACUUCGACGUGGACCAGCUACCUAGCUAGUGGAGUCACUCUUGGCUUUUGGCUCGAUUUCAUUUGCGUAAUAUAUUUAGCAAUCGUCAUCAUCGCUUUCCUUGUUAUUGAUAGCAAAACCAUAUUCUCCGGCAACGUGGGAUUGGCCAUAUCGCAGACACUGAUUCUAACCGGAAUGCUGCAGUUCGGUGUGCGUCAGACGGCCGAAGUUAUUUCGCAAAUGACGAGCGUUGAGAGAAUAUUGCAAUACACGCACAUAGAACGCGAGUCACUCUGGGAAAAAGGCGCGAAGGCAACUCCAAAGGGUUGGCCGUGGCGCGGCCGUGUCGAGUUCCGCAAUGUCUUCAUGAAGUACAACACAGAAGAUUUGCCAAUCCUUAAAAACCUCAACGUAGUCAUAGAAAAUGGAUGGAAGGUGGGAGUUGUGGGGCGCACGGGGGCCGGCAAGUCCUCGCUCAUCAGCUCGCUCUUCCGACUCGCCAUCGUCGAGGGCGAGGUGCUCAUCGACGACGUCGACACGGCUCAGUUGGCUUUACAGGAUUUGCGAUCCAAGAUCUCCAUCAUACCUCAAGAACCAGUUCUCUUUUCUGCGACAGUAAGAUACAAUCUAGAUCCGUUCAACAGUUACGAUGAUGAGCAGCUUUGGAGGGCGCUUGAAGCAGUUGAUUUGAAGUCAGCUAUACACUCAUUGGACUUCAAAGUGUCAGAGGGCGGUUCGAACUUCUCGCUCGGACAGAGACAGCUGGUGUGCCUCGCUCGAGCCAUUCUGCGCGGCAACCGCAUCUUGGUGCUCGAUGAGGCCACCGCUAAUGUUGACCCCAAGACGGACGAGUUUAUCCAGGGAACCAUUCGUAAACGUUUCGCGGACUGCACCGUGCUGACGGUGGCGCACCGGCUCAACACCAUCAUGGACUCCGACCGCGUUAUGGUGAUGGACGCGGGCCGUCUAGUGGAGUUCGACCACCCUUACAAACUCCUCAGCAAUCCCGAAGGCCACUUCACUAAAAUGGUCAAAGAAACCAGUGACAAAAUGUCAGAACAACUAUUCCAGAUUGCAAAGACCACAUUCCUCAACAAUGGAGGAGUUAUAGAAUAAUAAGCGUGCCAGGUGUCAUAAGUUGUUAAGUUUUUAAUUAUUUUUUAGAGAACCUACGUAUUUUUUGAACUAAGUGAUAGAAAGGUAAGAAGUGGCAUAAAUAAUUAUUAGGACCAAACGAUCGUAUCUGGUUCAAGAUAUUAAUGCCGCGCGGUAACAAGUCGCGAAGGUUGCAAAACCAUAGAUAGCGAGGCGAAAAAUCCCUCGACCUCAGCAUCGUUAACGGAACCCUACUACUUAGCAAACUAUUUAGGGUUCCGUAUUUUAAAUAAUUUUAGAAGUACAUAUUACGUCGGUGUCCGCUAGUGAGUUAGGAGCAUUUAGGCAUAACACUGAGGCGUUGUUGAUUCCCCGGUGAUGCCGCCGCGUACAACGUCACAUUUCUAUUACAACUUGACGCCAGGUACAUUAGUUAAUUAGGUAGACCUACUGUAUCAGACAGACCAAGAAGCCUCAAGUGUCAGCAUUUAUUGCAACUAAAGUUAUAUGGGAAAACUUAGUCGGACUAUAAGUUAUGUCAAUGGUUAUGUCACAAAUAUUUCCAAUACCUACGAUGUUAACAUGAAAAAACACGCUAUAGGUACAUAUAAAGUAACUAACCUACUAUUUUUUUUACAUUAGUUUAGCUCUUCCAAACAAUAAAACUUUUAACAACUUUUAAAUAUUAGGAAUUCUUUAGUUUAGUUUAGACCCAUUUCAGACCAUGUAAAAUUUAGGUAUUUUUUUAAUGCUUGCUUGCUGAACGCGAUUACUAUGUCAUUUAGGAUACUGAAUUAAGUAAGGUGAAUAAAGGCCUUUGUGUCUUGUGUUAGUGGGCUCACAGUAAACGACAAGUACAUAUAUGAUAUGCAUAUAAUUUAUAUUUAAAAAAAUACAUUCCUUUCGUCAGAGCUUAUGGACCGACCAAGGAAACUAUAGAAGUAGGUACAGUCAGCCAAGAAAGUGGUCUACCAGUUUUCGACUCUAUCAAUCAGAUGAUAGAGUCGAAAAGUGGUACAACACUUUCUUGGCUGACCGUACGUCAAGCCUGUCGUGGGUGUCAUUUACUAAUUCCCAAAGGAAGCGUCUGUCAUGUUACAAUUCUGAACGUGUUGCUAAUUAGAUAGGUGUUUGUUAAGUGUGUAUCCGUCGACCUACCUACAGAACCCUUUCGGAACGCGAAUCAACACGCUCAAAUUCUAACCUACUUUAUUUAAGGUAUUUUGCAUGCAUAUUGAGAACAGAAUUAUUUAUUAUUAUAGGUACCUACCUACCUGUACCUAUUUUAUGAAAUAGGUAGGUACAAUUAAAAAAAUAUGUUAGGUUAAGAUCGCCUUAACUUUUUAUUUUAUUUGUAUUGCCAGUAUCUAAGUAUAAAUGUAGGAACGUCACUGUGUUAUUUAUUUUAGAAUAGAAUGUAUUAUAAUUUAGCGGUAUAGUUUUUUUCUUAAAAUUAAUUCAUCUAUUUAGUUUUUUUCAACUGAAAACCGACCAUUGUGAAUGCCAUAGAGGAUUUCCUCGAACAAAUAUUAAAUAAGUUCUACCCAUC